AUGGAGUGGCUCUCGUGUCUGCCGCAGGAAAUCGACUCCUACCUCAUGUCAUUGCACUUGCCUAUCCGUUGGAACAAAGUUGUUACUGUCAUUUGGGGUUACCAAGAACCAAUGACUAUAUAUAUUGACUUGAAGUUCUACGAAGAUCUGCACGACCUCAUAAUGGCUAUAUUGCAAGUGAACAGUUUCAUAGCCCUUGAUGUCCACGUCGCUCCAGACUUACAGUGCUAG